GCACUUUGUGGUAUCUGUGACUGUACAUCAUGCGGUGAUGCUGAGGAUAGAAUGACAUUAAAAGUCCUUAUUCUGGGGCAUUCAUUUAUACGCAGAUUUGAGAACUUUGUAUCAAUUAGUUCUGAUCAUCGGGUGACGCCGAAUUUAAAUCUUAAUUCAGAGGAGCUACAGAUUUUCUAUUUAGGUUAUGGGGGAGCGUCACUGGCUCAAAUUCGCGCGCAAGGCACUCGUUAUGUACGAAACCUGCGUCCAGAUGUUGUUUUGUUACAAGCUGUAUCAAACGAUUUGUGUCGGAGAAACACAUCAGUGGAAGACAUUUUUCAUGAACUUGCGGACUUUGUAAUUUAUUUCCGUGAUGCGGAAGAUGUGAAAAAAGUAGUGGUGCUUCAGACAUUGCAUAGAAUUCCCCCGACAAGACGUAUCAGGUUUCAUGUGGACACAGAGUGGUUUAACAAGAUAGUUGAUGAAUUAAAUAGACGCAUGUCCAAUUACUUGCAGAAUGUAGAGGGAGCAGCAUUCUUUCGCCUAUCAGGUUUCUGGUGUCCAAAUAAUCAGAGGACGGCAUUUCUGGCUGAUGGGGUCCAUUUGAAUAAUCAGGGAAAUAAGAAAUAUUAUAAUAAUUUGAGAGCUGUUAUUGUUUCCUUGAUAAAGUCUAUCAAUAAUGAUGAAUGAAACAACGGGGUCCAAAAGACCGGUCAGGGGCAAGAGGACAAGACCUGUACUUGCCGCUGCAGGAUCAGCAGAACAGGCGGCUCAGCAGGAAUCAGAAGUAUAUAAAUAUAAAUGUAUAUUGGU